ACAGAGCAAAUCAAAUUUUUUUACAGUUGAUGUAGUAAUAUAUUUGGCGGAAUUUACAAUCUAUGGGUACAUAAUCAGAAGAAUCCACUGCAAUAUCUUAAUCAUCAUCUCUCAUUAACAACCAAAAAAAUAAAUCUGUCUUUGAAUAUUUCCUUGUUUCUCUUUCUAGAACUAGUAUUAGUAGUAGUAGUACUAAUGCCAGCUUCAUAGAAUCAUUCUCAAUACCAGUUUCUAUUUUCUUUGAUUUAUUUGAUCUUUUUUGUUGAAUUAGAAGAGAAAUCUUUUGUGGGUUUGGACUAAUUUCAUGAGAAAGAGAGAGAUAUUGAGUGAUUGAAGUGGAAUUAAGGUGGUGGUGGUGGUGAUGACACAAGCUGGGUCAUGUUUUGGGCCAGAAGUGUUUGUUUUUUGGCGGGCAAAAACCAUCACUUUCAAUGAUUUUGGUGGUGCUACUGUCUCUCAAAUACUUCCCAUCUAAUCACAUUUCAUUCAAAACCAACCCAAUUAUUCAUUUUUCUUCUUCUUUGAUCAGUGAAGUGUAAGUUGAAAUAUCAGUCUUCUUAGGUUGAAGCUGGAAGAGUUAGAUCUCAAUCAUAUGAAGAGAUUUAUUACUCUGCUAGAUUUGCUUUUGGUACUUGUUUCAUUUGUAACAUGGGUUGCUGGAGAUGUUUCAUAUUGUCAACAGAAAACUCCAAUAGAAGUUCGACCACAUAGUGUUACUAUCACUGAAUUUGGUGCUGUUGGAGAUGGAAAGACUCUAAAUACAAAAGCAUUUCAUAAUGCUAUCUUUUAUCUUCAGUCAUUCGCUGAUAAAGGUGGUGCUCAAUUAUUUGUUCCGGCUGGGAGAUGGUUAACCGGAGGAUUUGUGCUCAUCAGUCAUCUUACUUUGUUGUUAGAUAAAGAAGCAAUUAUUCUUGGAUCAACGGACUCCGAUGACUGGCCAAUUGUAGAUGCACUGCCAUCAUAUGGGCGAGGAAGGGAAUUGCCUGGAGGACGACAUCGGAGCCUCAUAUAUGGAGAGAAUCUGGUUGAUGUUAUAAUUACAGGUGAUAAUGGAACAGUUGAUGGUCAGGGGAGUGUGUGGUGGAACCGAUUCAGAAACGGAACUCUGAACUAUACUCGACCGCAUCUGGUUGAGUUGAUGAACUCAAGUGAAGUGGUGAUCUCAAACUUGACCUUCAAGAACUCGCCAUUUUGGACGAUCCACCCUGUCUAUUGCAGCCAAGUUCUUGUCCAGAAUGUCACAAUACUUGCUCCUCUUGAUUCACCAAACACCGAUGGGAUUGAUCCAGACUCCUCCAACAAUGUUUGCGUAGAGGAUUGUUACAUUAGCACCGGGGAUGAUUUGAUAUCCAUCAAAAGUGGUUGGGAUGAGUACGGCAUUUCUUACGCAAGUCCAAGUUCCAACAUUACAAUACGUAGACUGACUGGAGAAACUGGUUUAGGCGCUGGAAUCGCGAUUGGAAGUGAGAUGUCAGGUGGAAUAUCAAAUGUUCACGCAGAUAGCCUGCGGUUCUUUAAUUCAGAUCAUGGUAUCAGAAUUAAGACAGCCCCUGGAAGAGGAGGAUACAUAAGGAACGUUUAUAUAUCAGACUUGACUCUGACCAAUGUAAGAAUCGCCAUUCGUUUCAGUGGACAGUUUGGAGAGCACCCAGAUGAAUUUUAUGACUCGAAAGCCCUACCCAGAAUAGAAAAGAUCAGCAUAAAAGAUGUCAGAGGAGAAAAUAUCAGCACUGCAGGGCUUUUGGAGGGUCUAAAAGAUGAUAAUUUCAUCAACAUCUGCCUAUCCAAUAUUACACUCAGUGUUACCAAACAACCAGCUUGGAAUUGUUCAUACGUUCAAGGGUAUUCUAACUUGGUUUCUCCCAGGACUUGUGAUCUACUCGGCGGAAAAAUUUACCCGGAUCACUUGUCAGAUUGCUACAGCCUGUCUAAUCACUUGAGGAGCAUGGUUGGUCGUAAAAAAGAGGGUUCAAUUUUACCACGUUGAAUAAAGUUCAUCUUCUGGUAGAAAUUUAACUCCUCUCAUGUGAAUGCCUCUUCCCAAACUUCCUAUACCAAAUUAGUUAAAUUGAUUCUUGCCAUUUCUGAACAUAGCUUCCUGUUAUCUCACCAGAGGACUUGAUCUUCAAAAUGAACAGAGUGUAAGACGUUCUCUGAUUUGUGAGAUAGUCUCGAGAGAUGAUUUGUUAAUUGUAAACUUCGUGUUGUAACAAAUAAUAGAGUGAUUGAUUUAUCAGAGAUUGAAAUACAGUGUUUUACUCCAAUAACAUUACUAUAAUUUAUGUUAAUGAA